GAUAAUAGCAAAGUAAAUAAAGAGCUAUGCAUUGUUAUAUAUGCUAGAGGGAUAGUUACAUAUCAUAUAAUUGUCCUAAUAAACCUUAGAAGAAUUGAACAAAAGGUUUUGGUAUUACAAAACUUUGAAUUUAAAGUGUAUUAUAAAAAUAAGAAAAGAUAUGGAAAUACUAAUAGAAUAUCAAGAUAUCUAAUAGAUUAUAUAAAGGAUAAUAGUGAAAAUGAGAAUUUUGUUGAAGGGUUAAUUAUGUAUAUGAACAAGUUUGAUAACAAGACUAAAAAUUUGACAAAAAGAGAUAUAUUAUUAAAACAUGUUAUAUUCAAGAAUAAUAAAAAGUAUGAAAUAAUAUUAGUGAAUUAUCAAGGAAUAGCAGAAGAAAAAGAAAAUUAUGAAAUUAAUAGAAUAGCAAGAAAAUGGAGACAUAAGCAUAUUAUAUUAGCAGUAGAAGAGUUAACAGAAUAUGUAGAAGUUUUAGUUUCAGAUAGAGGGAAUAGUAGAGAAACUGAAAAAUAUACAGAUAGAAAAAGACAAAUUAAAGCAAAGAUGGAGCCUUAUAAAGUCCAAAACAUAGGAAAGUAUAGACAAGUAUAUCUAGAUGAAUUAGAUAAAAGUAAGCUAAAAGAUUCAGUAACAAGAAAUAGGAUAGAGAAAUUAUAUAUCUGA